UGUCAUCCACAUGAAUCGCAGUCAUACCCAACACCUCGUCUCCCAUCAUGAAACGAAGAACACAGGGGUCAGACAGAGACUGCCCGAAACCAAUCCUUUUCAGGUCCGACACAAGUCUCUUGUGAAAUGUUCUAGGUGCCUGUCCCAGUCCAUACAACCUUUUGUCUAAACGGACUACCUUUCCUGUCAUCGACUCGCAGCCAGGAGGUAACUUCAUGAACACUUCGU